AUGGAGACACAACAAACUCUGCUCUUCUGCUUCCUAACAGGAGCAUCUUUCCUCAGUGACACAGCAGCAGGAUUUACCAUUUACACAGCAACCGAAGGACAAAACGUCUCCUUUGAGUUUCCCUUCACUCUGGUUGGAGGCGGCAGGAGAUAUUUAUGCAGAGAGGAAUGGAACACAGUUACUGAUGGGAACUUAAUACGAACAACAGAGAACCCGUUUGAGAAUCUGGACUCUUCAGAACUCACUUCACAAAAUCCAGUGAGCAGCAGUCUCCAGUUUCAGAGAGUUUCCAGCACGACUUUGACAGAUUUACACAUUCUCUGCGGUGCGAAAACCCUGAUCCAAACAGAAGGAGGAAGCAUAGCAGUGAAAUGCUCUUUUACUCUUUCUGGAAAAGGGAAGUACGUCUGCAGGGAUCCGUGUAAAAACGGAGACGUUCUCAUUGAAACCGAAGCCAAGGAGGCCCAGAAAGGACGGUACAGCAUCAGAUACAGAGAAGGAACCUUUCCAGCUUCUUCUACGGUUCUGUAUGUGAACAUCUCACAGCUGACCCAGUCCGACUCCGGGCGCUACUGGUGCGGAUUGAAAAGGCGCUUAAUGAUUGAUUCACGCCAGGAGUUUAACGUAAAUGUCACAAAUGAUAUGAAGGAACUGGAACAGGCGACAGGCGUUUCUAAAGACUACGUUCUGCCUCUGGCCUUAUGUGUCGCCACAUUAUUUGCUGCGGCUGUGCUGCUCCUCUACAAAUGGAAGGCAAGAAGGGAAUCUGAUGACUCGACCAGCAGGAGGCAGUCAAGCAGCAGCAGCAACAACAGGAGACAGAGAAGCACCCAGUUUUCUGCCUCGAAGUUUACGAACCGGACGCCUCCAACCGACACGCAACAACAGCUUUACUAUAACCUCUGAGGCUAACGGCGUUCCAGGAAUUAAAAUAGAUGUUUUCAUUAAUAGACUGAAGUUCUGCUCACCAAAACAGCAGAAAAGCAUCAUGUGUGAGGAGACUACAAACAGGUUCAGCUCUACAUCCAUUUGUGUCGCUAAACUGAAGCAAAGCGAAACAACUUUCUCAAAAAAAGUUUCCAAACUUGAUUUAUAAGCGCCUGAUCCUGUGCUUACAAAUCAAGUUUUGUAGUUUAAAUAAAGAUUUGUUCAUCUUCAAAAAUAAUUCAAAUUAAUGUUUGGGCAUUUGCAGAAGGUAUUUGUGUCUGUAAAAAAGAUUUUCAAUUGGGAUUCAAUUUCGCAUCAUUUGUAAAACCUCAGAUACAGAUAAAAAAAGAAUCGAACUGAAAACUGCUGUGUAUGUAAAGCACUUUACAAAAACAUUAUGUCAAUUCAAUCAGGCAUGCAUUGCAAUGGAUAAUUAUUCAACAUUGAGUAUUAAUUAUUUAAAUUAGUUUAAAAUAAGCUUAAAUUUAAGGAAUCUGAUUGUUUAGAGUUCACUCCUCCUGGAUGCAGUGGGCUGCAUGUGGCGACUGUGGAGAGGAACAACUCCCCUUAUAAACAGGCCAAAGCACCAGACUGAAGACUUUGUGAUCUGAUUUUUGGCACAAAGACAGAAGAGAAAAUCGAUAAAUCAUGCAGAUGGAAAUUAUUGAGCUCAUUUUGAUUUAUUAUGCAACUAAUUGAUUUAUUGCUAACAGCAAAAGGUAUCAUUUGUGUGUUUGUGCAUUAAUGAAUGUAGAAAUAUUAUUGUACAUGUAUGUGCUUCACAAUAUUAGAGUAUCAUAGGGAUCAUUUAUUUUUUGUUACACAAGAGAAUUAUUAUUUUUUCUUGUCUUAAACUAAAGUCUUUCUUUGAAAGUGAUGGAAAAUAGAAUAUUUUAUACUUCAUCUGCAUUAUGAUUUUGUGUUUGUAAAUGUAAUCUGUAUUUUAUUUUUAAUAUAAAUUAACCUGAGGAAGAACACCUGUUGCAUCGAGCUGCUGCUGCUGUUGUGGAUCACAGUAAACAAACAUAAACCUGAGGUUCAUACUUUCACUUUCCCACAUUUCCCAGAAUCUUCUGCAUGAACUCAUCUGGCCUUGUUGAUAAGUUCAUGCUGUUGUGAUGAAAUGUUACGUUUUUUUCUUUCACAUCUUAUUUGGCUUCUUUCUGGGUUUACACAUUAAAAAUUGUGAAGCUAAUGUAAAACAAUGAUGUAAAUAUGAGGAUCAUUGGAUAAAAUCAAAUUUUAUAUGCAGCAACAACAAUGAAAUGUGUCAAUAAAGAAAAUAAAAAUGA